AUGAGUCGCAGCAUCGUGCGGCAGAGCAAGUUCCGCCACGUCUUCGGCCAGAGCGUCAAGGCCGAACAGAGCUACGACGACAUUCGCGUCUCCAAAGUGACGUGGGACAGUUCCUUCUGCGCCGUCAACCCCAAGUUUCUGGCCGUCAUCGUGGAGUCGAGCGGGGGCGGCGCCUUUUUAGUCAUUCCCCUCGCCAAGGUGGGUCGCGUGGACAAGAACUACCCUCUGGUCAUCGGACAUUCCGGGCCCGUUCUCGAUAUCGACUGGUGUCCCCAUGACGACAACGUGUUGGCCAGCGGAUCGGAGGACUGCACCGCCAUGGUGUGGCAGAUACCCGAUCACUCGCUGGUCCGCCCCCUCACCGACCCGAUCGCGGUACUGGAGGGCCACUCCAAGCGGGUCGGCAUCGUCAGCUGGCACCCGACCGCGCGCAACAUACUGCUCACCGCAGCCAGCGACAACCUGAUCAUUGUGUGGAACGUGGCCACGGGGGAGCCCCUCAUUUCCAUGGACGACCACCCCGACCUCAUCUACAGCAUCAGCUGGAACAGGAACGGAAGCUUGUUCUGCACUACCUGCAAGGACCGGCGCCUGCGCGUCUGCGACCCCCGCAAGGCCGAAGUGGUGGCGGAACGUUUGGCUCCUCACGAGGGCAUCCGACCCAUGAGAGCCAUCUUCACCCGAGACGGGAAUAUUUUCACCACGGGAUUCACCAGGAUGAGCCAGAGGGAGCUGGGGCUCUGGGACCCGACCAAUUUUGAGGAGCCGAUUGCACUUUUGGAGUUGGACACCAGCAACGGCGUCUUGUUACCGUAUUACGAUCCGGACGCCAACAUGGUCUACUUGUGCGGCAAGGGCGACAGUAGCAUCCGUUACUUUGAGAUAACGGAGGAGCCACCCUACGUACACUACCUUAACACCUUUAGUAGCAAAGAGCCACAGCGGGGGAUGGGUUUCAUGCCCAAGAGAGGAGUGGACGUCAGCAAGUGCGAGAUUGCCAGGUUGUACAAGUUGCACGACAAGAAGUGUGAGCCCAUCGCAAUGACCGUGCCCAGAAAAUCGGAUCUUUUCCAAGACGACCUGUACCCGGACACGGCGGGCCCUGAGCCCGCCAUGGAGCCAGAGGAGUGGCUGGAGGGCCAAGAUCACGACCCCGUGCUGGUGUCCAUGAAGGGGGGCUACGUGCCGCCGAAGAGUCGCGAGCUCAAAGUGACCAGGAAAAACCCGCUGGACGCCAGGCCCGCCGCCACACGCCGCAGUAUGUCCACGUGCGAUGCCGCCAGCCUGCCGCCCGAGCUGCUGGAGAGGUUGCUGGAGGAGAUCCGGCACCUGAAGGCCACAGUGUUGUCUCAGGAGAAGCGAAUCUGCGACUUGGAAAACAGACUGUCCCAGUACGCCAACGGGACGGCCUGA